GAAGCUAUUGUAUUGCAUUGAGUUGCUCAAUUGCAUUUAAACGGCAAUAUCAAUACGUAACAAGUUUUUGCCUGCUGGCGUUUGAAUUGGCGUACUUUAUAAAUUUAAAAGAAAUGCCUACAAGGAUCGCAACAGCUACAGUGUCUUCUACGCGGAAAUUGGAGAAUACAGAUACAGGGUUGGACGUAACUGUACCAGAGUGCACAACUUACAAUAAAGAAAAGCGUGAACAACUUAGCUCUGCACAAGUCAUCUAUACAGUUGUGGUAGUAACGAAUGAACAUCCUGCCCUGGACAAGGUUAGGAAAGAAAAAUACGUCGACCAGACUUUAGAAAGAGUCGCACAUUUCACGCUGGAGAAACAUUACGAUGAGUUCCUAACUUUACGGAAGUCGCUGGAUAAAAUAUACUCAGGUACAUAUGUGCCAGAACUGCCAAAGAAAAAGAGCUUAAGAGAUCUUGUUGCUUCUUCAUCUAAAACAGAAGUUGAAGCAAGGCAGCGAAAAGCAGCCGUGGAUAAGUUUAUGCGUUGGUGUUCAAGCAAUGAAAAAAUAUCAAAUUCGGAAAUUGUAAAAUCUUUCCUUUGCCUUGAUAUUGUUGUUAAAGACAACCAAAACGAAAGUGCUGCGUCGGAUACUAAGACAGUUAAAACGGAGACACAGACACCAAAGCAAAUAGACGCUGAAGUAGACCUAUUUGGUGAUACGGGGUUAGAUUAUACAAAGGAUUCCCUUUUCGAUAGAGACACCGUUGUAGAUAAGGAAGAACUAAACAUCGCUGCUGGUAAGACCUCAGAUGAGGCAAGUGAGCUUUUUCUUGAAAACGACGAACGAUCCAAUAGAGUCACUUUGUUUGCUAAACCUGAUCUUACUGGUAAUAUUGGCACUGGCGAUCGGGAAUUACUCUUCUACAGUGAUGAGGAAAACAAAAAUGCCAGUAUUCCUCUGCCAGAGCCGAGUAUUGGAAACGAAGAAGUCCUACUGAAUGUAGACGAUGACGUAAGCUCAAUAUUUUCCAAACUUCGAACAGUUGAAGAUAAACCUCGUCUGCCAACCAAAAGACCGAUUCUAUUUGAUCCAACAGAAAAUGAACCAAGUGAUAAAUUAGACGCAAGCAAAAUGGAGGGGAACGACCUACUGCAGUACAUCACACAAAAUAAUGAAGAAAAUGCAGAAGUAGAUCUGGGGUUUUAAAAAUAAUAGAGUGUGUCUUAUUUUCUGCGAAAUUUGUGAUCGUGAUUUAAGUUUUCGGCUCAUAUUGUUAUAACUAAAUACAAGAAGUGCAAUACGGAGUAAUAAAGAAUAGUGCAUCUUU